GAACACCUAACUCUCUUGAGCACUAUCUCGCAAGUGGGGUACAGUUGUAAGACAUUUUAUUAGCAUCAAUUAUUGCCUUCUUUCUUCUGUGAUUGUUCGUGUUAUACCUCUCAGUGGAGGCUCAAGACAAAUCGCAGUCGGUCUCCUUUUAUUCUUCUUGCUCAAUUGCACCAAAAACGGCCUCUCUUCAGAGUUUCGCUGUCUUGAAUAAUUUUUUUUUUCUGACUUUGGUAACUCUCGUGUCACGAAUUUCUCUCUUGGGCUGUAUGACUUAACAGUCGUUCUCGCUCCUUCGUGGAGGUUUUAAAACACCGUUGAUAUAGUUUUGGCUGUACUUGUGAGUUCUAUUUCCCAAGAACCUUUUUUGUUGUCGUUUGCUCUUCUCUUCGUGAACACACAUAUAUAAUAGGCCCGCUGCUUCAUCGUGUAUCCUUUGUUCUUUUCUCUUCCUAACCCCUCUCCCCCUCCUCCCCCAGGACACACACACACACACACACACACACACCGACGCACGCGUGCUCUCCCUUAAAAAAAAAAAAGUAUGCCGAAGAGAACCCCACGAGACGACUCUAGAGAUGCUUGCUCUCCGUUUCUCUCCUCGGGUCAUUCACCCGCUGCCGAACCUGUCAUGAUCAACGAUCUGGUUGGCAUCGUGGACGGCAGCUGCCCGUCCCAUGAUCCCUUGCGCAAUGACUUCUUUGAGAGCACUCCGGACACCGAGUCCUCGGGCAAACGGCGCCAGACGAUGAUACGAGGCGGCAGGGUGCUCGAGGACGAGUUCUCGCGGCCGUCGGUCGGCAGCACCCCGGUAGGGAUGCAAAAGGUGGGCGUGCAGCGCAACCGUCGCCUCGCCGUCGACCUCGUGUACGAUGACAAGUCGUCGUCGAUGUGGGCUCGCACGAAGCGAGUUCUGCGAAACAUCUGGAACUCGUUCAAGAUGGUGCGCCUCUUCCUCAGUCUCGCCUGGACGGACAUCAAGUGCCGCACGUGCAGCUACUGCCUUGGCUUCUUCUCCGUUCUCGUCGUCGUGCUGCUUUGCGUGCUGAUGAUCUCCCUGCUGACGAACAUGCCAAUUCUCUUUCUGCGCUUGUCGGAGGCAGUGCGGGGUGAGUACGAUCUGCGCAUCCGUCCUGGCGGUGUGAUGACUGCCGCCUCCUCGCUCAACUACACGAUCAUCAAGGAGCUUUUUCCCUACUCCGAUAAGACAUAUGGCCUUCACGCCCCGCGCAUCAUCGCGCAGUUCAAUGCACAGAACUUGCGCACCUGCCGUGGCAAGAACUCGUCCUCGCUGUGGUAUAAGCUGGAUGGCACACUUUGCGGCGACCCCUCGGUGUGCAUGUCCGAGUGCUCCUCGGUGGAUUCGGCAGCGGUGAGCGUGAUCGCCAUUGACGCGGCAGCGGAGAAGCGCAUGGGCUUCGGCACGCAGUACUCCCAGCCCACUCCGCGUGAAGGGGAAGUGAUCCUGUCGCACCACGUCGCCCUCUUGAUGGGGGACGUCCAGAAGGGGGACCUUGUCGCCUUCUACGGGAAUGCGGAGGGCAACUACCCCGAGGCGUUCCGCGACUUUCCUUCGCCGCUCUCCUCCGAUGUGAUUACGGUCUUGAAGGUCAUCGCCGUCAUGGAGGCCGACGAUCACAAGUUUCCUUCGCUGCAGUCCUUCGCCGUUACUUCGUACAGCACGAUUCUAAAAGACGUGGCGAAGGGCCUGCGACCCGACACGCCGAGCGACGUUGUGGCUACCAUUGCUGGUGCCGAUCCCAACAACUGCGCAUCGUUUGUGUACUUCAUCAUGGAACCCUACACACGGUUGCGCGCGUACCGCUCCACCAGCUACAACACCAUUCGCCGAAACGUUGUGGCCUGGGCCUCUGGCGUUCUCUCUCCGUUGGGCUUUAUGCAGAUUGGUCGGGUAACGCCGCAGCUUGGGGGCUUGUGGUCAACGCGUAUGAUGAGCGUCUUCCUCGGUCUCAUCAUCUCCGUCAUUCUCUUAGCCCUCGCCUUCCUCAGCAUCGUGCUCAUCUACACGCUGCUGACUGUCGGGAUAGAGACGAAGACGUACGAACUGGGCAUCCAGCGCAUGGUCGGCUUUACGAAUGAAAACUUGGUCGUGCUGGUGCUGGUCAACGCGUACGCGUUCACGAUCCCCGCGUGGAUCAUUGGGCUCGCGGCCGGGCAAGCGGUGUACAUCGGUGUGCGGCAGAUCUUCAUCAACCUCAUCGCGGUGACUCUCCCGCUCGGUGUGACGGGGGCGGCGAUUGGCUGGGCCACGCUAGCUGGUCUCGGCAUCCCGAUUGUCGCGUCAUUUUUCCCCAUUCUAGCGCUCGUUACGCAGAAGCUGCCGGAUGCGCUGAACACGUCACGCAGUCGCAGCGUCGGUGUCAUAUUCAAAAUUCGCCGCAACGACUCUUCGGAGCUCAACGGCACCAUGUUUGGCCUCGGUGUUCUUCUCUUUGUUUUCGGCUUCCUCGUUUAUUUCCUGUUUCCCACUGGGUUGAUUGUCAUGAAUCUGAGUCUCAUCUUUUACAUCUUCUUCGCCGUCCUUAUUGGGCUGCUGGCGGGGUUCGUGUUGCUGGCGCUGAACUUUGAGCGGGUGUGUCAGGUUUGCAUCUCCUACCUGCUGCUCUUUGCGGAAAGCAAGGCCGUCUUCUCUUUCAUGCAAAAGAGCUUGAGCGCGCAUCGCGUUCGUAACCGCAAGACGACGCUCAUGUACUCCUUGUCCCUCGCCUUUGUGAUUUUCAUCACGGUAGCCGUCCAGAUCGAGCUGAGCUCUUUCACGUACACGGCCCGGCAGGAAUUGGGCUGUGAAGUGAGCGUUUUCACCGGCGGGAUGACCAUGCAUGAGUACUGGAUCGUGGAGGAGUACCUCCAAGACCUCAUAGAGAGCGGCCAGGUGUCCAAGUACACCUACGAGUACACCGUAAACGCGCUCUCCUCUAUCAGAGACCACCACCUCAACUCGCUUGGUCGCUACCGCAGCUCGACCGCCACCGUGGUCCAGCUGCCACCGAAUUACUACGACGUCUUGGGCACAUCGUUUUUGCUCGUGAGUGCGGUGGAUAAGCUGGUGGGGCAGUACGGGUUAGUACAAUCCCUCUAUUCGGCAGAGGGAAUGUACCGGGGUAUCUUGUCCUCCGGCGCUGCGAAGUUCCUCGGUGUCGGCAACGCAAAGGGCGUGUUGCUCUACACCGCCUCACGGGCGGUCAACGAGACAGCGAAGAGUAAGGCUGACUUCAUGGUCCCCGCCCGCCCAAUGGCGACAAUGGAUCUGUCUCCCGUUAAAAGCAUGUCGAAGUUCUCCUCCGAUUCUACGCCGUUAAUGGUGUCGAUUCCGGGCGUGCUCCACCAAAUCGACGUCCCGUACAACAGCGUGAUGGAUGGCAACGUCGUGUCCAUCUGCCUGCGCGUGAAGGAUGCGAGACGCUACCAGGCAGUUGGCGACACGAUGAUAUCCAUCCUGUCGUUCGUGGGCCGCACCCCCACGAUUACCACCAUCGAGGACAAGCUAAAGGACAUGGAAACGGCAGACAAGAUCUUGAGCAUCUUCUUCAUCAUGGCGGAGUUGAUGAUCCUCCUCAUUUGCUUCUUCUCCUUGAUGAGCAGCAUGACCACGAACGUGUUGAACUCGUCGAAGGAGAUCGGCGUGCUGCUGUGCAUGGGCAUGACGCGGUUUCAGGUGUACCGGGUGUACGUCUGGGAGGCCUUCAUUCUGGUGGUGUCCGCUGGCUCCGUGGGCCUCAUCAUCGGUGUCGUUGUCGCCUACACGAUGCUGCUGCAACAAAUCCUUUUUGCGCAAAUAUCUUUCCCCUUUCCUUUUCCAUACAUCCAGCUGUGCAUUGUGGUCGCCGUUGGCUUCGUGUCAGCGCUGGCAUCAAGCAUUAGCCCUGUUGCCUACCUACUCGGGCUGCCAUCAGUCACUCACAUUCUGCGCCGCUCCAUCGCGUAG